AUGGAGCCAGUAGUUUGGUUUUACAGGGAAGACAUUGUUAAAAUUUUGUCUCGGUGGCCUAGCUCAACUUCGAUAACUCCUGAUUUUCCUGCCUCUGAAAUUCAUAAAGAAGUUUUUGUUAUGUCUUUCACGCGGUCAAAGGUUCGUUGGAAAUUAUCCUUUAUUACACCUAUUCCUAAGAAACCUCCCUACUGCAACCCUGAGAACUACCGGCCGAUAAGUAUAACCUCUGUUUUUGCUAGAACCUUCGAGAAAAUUCUCAAGACUUAUAUAAUCCAACAUUUGACUAGGCACAAUGUGAUACCCAGGUGUCAACAUGGCUUUUGGCAAGGUAGAUCUGUCGAAACAGCUCUGCUUUCCUUCUGUUAA